ACUCCUGGCGUUUCCGUUAGGCUGCGCAUCAGUUGCAAGUUUCGCUUUUCUCGCCCUCUUCCAGUGCUUUUCAAGUAAAUUUACUAAAAAGCAAAAUGGGUAAAGAGAAGAUUCAUAUUAACAUCGUUGUCAUUGGUCAUGUGGACUCUGGCAAGUCUACGUCCACUGGACAUUUGAUCUAUAAAUGCGGUGGCAUUGAUAAACGUACGAUUGAGAAAUUUGAAAAGGAAGCUCAGGAAAUGGGUAAAGGUUCCUUUAAAUAUGCCUGGGUACUCGAUAAGUUGAAAGCAGAACGUGAGCGCGGUAUUACUAUUGAUAUUGCUUUGUGGAAAUUUGAGACUGCAAAGUACUACGUGACUAUUAUUGAUGCUCCCGGUCAUAGGGAUUUCAUUAAGAACAUGAUUACUGGCACGUCUCAGGCUGACUGCGCGGUAUUGAUUGUCGCUGCGGGUACUGGUGAAUUUGAAGCUGGAAUCUCCAAGAAUGGCCAAACUCGCGAACACGCCCUGUUGGCCUUCACUUUGGGCGUCAAGCAAUUGAUUGUUGGCGUCAAUAAGAUGGAUUCGACUGAACCACCAUACAGCGAGACUCGUUUUGAGGAGAUUAAGAAAGAAGUUUCUUCUUACAUCAAGAAGAUUGGCUACAACCCAGCUGCAGUUGCGUUUGUUCCAAUUUCUGGAUGGCAUGGCGACAAUAUGUUGGAAGCGACCGAUAAAAUGCCAUGGUUCAAGGGGUGGAAUAUUGAUCGCAAAGAAGGCAAAGCGGACGGAAAAACUUUGAUCGAGGCUCUUGAUGCCAUCUUACCUCCUUCUCGUCCAACCGAGAAACCGCUUCGUCUUCCAUUGCAGGAUGUUUACAAAAUUGGAGGCAUUGGAACAGUUCCAGUCGGCCGUGUGGAGACGGGCGUUUUGAAACCUGGGAUGGUGGUUACUUUCGCUCCAGUUGGUUUAACUACUGAAGUUAAAUCUGUUGAAAUGCAUCACGAAGCUCUCCAAGAAGCUGUUCCUGGAGACAACGUUGGCUUCAAUGUUAAAAACGUAUCCGUAAAGGAUUUACGACGCGGUUACGUUGCUGGAGAUUCUAAGGCAUCGCCGCCUAGAGGAGCAUCUGAUUUUAUGGCUCAAGUUAUUGUCUUGAAUCAUCCGGGUCAAAUUGCUAAUGGCUAUACUCCGGUGUUGGAUUGCCAUACUGCUCAUAUUGCUUGCAAGUUUGCCGAGAUAAAAGAGAAAUGCGAUCGCCGUACUGGUAAAACCACUGAAAAUGAUCCGAAAUCCAUCAAGUCUGGAGACGCAGCUAUCGUCAAUCUGGUUCCUUCUAAGCCGAUGUGCGUGGAGUCCUUCCAGGAAUUUCCUCCUUUGGGGCGUUUCGCUGUUCGCGACAUGCGUCAAACUGUCGCCGUGGGUGUAAUAAAAUCGGUCAAUUUCAAAGAUACUGCUGGCAAAGUAACGAAAUCUGCUGAGAAGGCCCAGAAGAAGAAAUAACUAGACUUAGCGAAGUCUGCUGCCAAAGACGAUAUAGACGUCUACAUCAACAACAACCGUUUAUUAUUCUCAAGAUGGCUCCAGCAGAAUUACUUUCAUCGCAAAGAGUUUCGAAGGAAAAACUUCUUGGUUUACUUUAAGUUUCACGUUAGGUUUAUUUAAAUUAUCAAUAUUUAUUUAAUAUUUGUUUUUCUCAUAACUUUAUUUCUUGUUAUUUUAAUUUUGCACGAAGGAGCAUUUAUUUCUUGGUUUUCCUUAUGUUUUAUGAAUUCUUUGAAUACUCUGUAUCUCUUUUAAAUUAUUCAAUGCUAGACAUCUAAAUGCAUGUUUACUUGUGACAGCUUCUGUAAAUAUUCAAUAAAGAAGCUCGUAACCCAAACUA